UAGAAGGAGGAGAAAAGGUUUGUUGGAAGAGUAAUCUCCUUUCUUUCCCUGUUCCUCUUAUAUUCUUCCACCCUUUCGCCAAAGGAUUAGGGUUUUGAUUAGAAAAAAUUGGGAGAAAGAAAGCAUGGGCGCAUGGCGGAAGGCCUAUGGGGCGCUCAAAGAUUCUACAAAGGUUGGGCUCGCCAAGGUCAAUAGCGAAUUCAAGGAAUUAGACAUUGCCAUCGUGAAGGCAACAAACCAUGAGGAAUGCCCACCGAAGGAGAGGCAUGUGAGAAAAAUUUUGACUGCUACAUCCGCUGUUCGGCCAAGAGCUGAUUUAGCUUAUUGUAUAUAUACGCUUGCAAAGAGGCUGGCAAAGACACGUAACUGGGUGGUUGCAUUGAAAACAUUGAUAGUGAUUCACAGGACAUUGCGCGAAGGCGAUCCUACCUUUAAAGAAGAACUUUUAAGCUAUGCUCAGAGAGGAAAUGUAUUGCAAUUAUUGAACUUCAAGGAUGAUUCAAGCCCUCUCGCUUGGGAUUGCUCUGCUUGGGUUCGAACAUAUGCAUCCUUUAUAGAAGAAAGGCUCGAGUGUUUUAGAAUCUUAAAAUAUGACAUAGAAGCUGAGCGGUUGGUAAGAAAUGGGCAAGGUGCUUCCAAGGGACAUAGCAGAACAAGAACUUUAGGUUGUCCGGAUCUACUGGAGCAGAUGCCUGCUCUACAGCAACUUCUGUGCCGUCUUGUUGGAUGUCAGCCUGAAGGAGCAGCAUGCGGAAAUUAUCUCAUUCAAUAUGCCCUGGCAUUGGUUUUAAAAGAGAGCUUCAAAAUCUAUUGUGGCAUCAAUGAUGGGAUCAUCAAUCUUGUUGACAUGUUUUUUGAGAUGUCUAAGUAUGAUGCUCUGAAAGCAGUUGAGAUAUAUAAAAAGGCUGGACAACAGGCAGAAAGUCUUUCUAAUUUCUACGAUUUUUGUAAAAAUCUGGAGCUUGCCAGAAAUUUUCAGUUUCCGACUUUAAGACAGCCGCCUCCCUCUUUUCUUGCAACAAUGGAAGAAUAUAUUCGUGAAGCACCACAUUUUGGUUUUGUUUCAAGCAAGAACUUAGAGUAUGAAGAGAAGAGCCUCUUAACCUACAAAGUAGAAGAGGAAGAACAAGCUGGUCCCACAGAAAAUCAAGAGGCAGCAGCAGAGGAGAAUGAAGAAAAUGAAGUACCGCUGCAGGCUGAAGAGCCACCAACACUUCUAAUUGAGUUCAAAACACAACCUGAGAGUACAGAUCUUCUAGGUUUGGAUGUGAUAAACCCGGUUGCUGCAGAAAUUGAACAAAGCAAUGCUUUAGCUUUAGCUAUCAUUCAGCCUGGCGAUAAUUCAAUGUCAACUAGGUCAGCAGACCUUCUCAGUGGUGGUUCUGGAUGGGAAUUAGCACUCGUUACAGCGCCAAGUAAUAGUGUCAACCAUGUAGUCGAAAGCAAUCUGGCUGGAGGGUUCAAUAGACUCUUGCUUGAUAGCCUUUAUGAGGAUGCAUCCAGGAGACAACAAAUUGCUGGAGCCACUUAUACGGGAAGCCUAAAUACUAAUUCGUUCGACUUGAGAGAUCCAUUUUCAUCAUCAAAUAACUUCGCCGUUCCGCCGAAUGUUCAAAUGGCUAUGAUGGCACAACAACAACAGCAGCAACAACAACAUCAAUACUAUACACAGCAGCUAUUUUAUCAACAUCAACAAAUGCCUCAGUACUAUCAAACACAGAAUCCCCAGCAGCAAGCAGGUUCGACCAAUCCUUUCGCCGAUCCAUAUGCUCCUACUGCUUAUUCACUGGGUGCAGCAGCAGCACAAGGCAAUUCGAGUUUGAUAUGAAUAACAAAAUUUUUUUUUUCACUCCUUCAUUCUUUAAAAUUAUAUUGUAUUUUUUCCCCCAAACUGGGAUUAAUUGAGGGCUUGAUACAUCUUGUACAGUUUGGGUAUUAUCUUCAGCCUUUUUGUUUUCACGAUUCAUUCAGCAGAUAAGAGUUUGAACCAUGCAUACAACAAUAAAUUGUAUUUCCUUUUGUUCUCUAAGGUUUAUAUUUGUAAUGAAUAUGUAUAUGUUUGAUAUUUUUGUUUUA